AUGACCCUGACAAGAGGAUCCUUCACCUAUUCCAACGGUGAAGAGUACCAUGGGGAGUGGAGGGAAGGUCUGAGACAUGGUCUAGGCCAGCUGACGUUAAGUGAUGGGACGUGUUACACGGGUCAGUUCGAGAACGGACUCUUCAACGGCUGUGGGAUGCUGGUCUUCCCUGAUGGAUCCAGGUACGAAGGAGAGUUCAUUCAGGGGAAGUUCCAAGGCGCAGGCGUCUUCAGUCGUUUUGACGGGAUGAAGUUCGAAGGAGAGUUCAAGAGUGGAUGUGUGCAGGGAUACGGUAUGCUGACGUUCGCUGACGGAGGAAGAGGAGGGACAAGCCACGAGGGUCUGUUUGAGAGAGGCCAGCUGGUGGGCAGAGAGGGGUGCCAGGGCACGGUGCAGCGGGCACAGGGGGCAGCCGCCAAGGCACGGGCGCUCUCCAUGUGA